UGUUUUAUCGCCUACACAUAAUAAAGAAUUAUUAUUUUAGAAUAUAAUUAUUACUCUUAAUCAUGUCUAUGCUUUAUCGCGUGUAGACUGCUCACCUGUGGCCACAAUUGGCUGCAUCACAUCAAAGGCACCUGCAACUCUGCUGGGUAAUUAAUCUACCAGCUCGACCGUCUACACAACAAAGACCUCUUUUAAAAGUUUGGUAAUCUUACCUUAUCAAAAAAAUUAUACGCGUCAAUGUCAUGGCAUGUCGAAGAAGACGACAACUUUCACUUCCAGAUCACAGACACAGACAUGUGCCCAACAACGUAGAUCAUCUUGCUUUCAAAUACAUGUGACCUGUGUUCUCUGUCAGGAGAUGUGUAAAGUGGAGUCCAGCACAGAUUCUGACUCAGAGAUCAGUCCAAGAUGGUCGGACACCAGCACUAUGGGAUGUGUGAGCAGUACACCAGAGAGUGGGACCUUUCGCCGCACAUUGCCGUUAACACACAAGCCUGCAGGAAGACAUGGCUGCUAUUCUUUGUUUUUGGACCCGUACGAUGGGAGCUCUGAGGAUUCUGACGAGUCGAACAUCAAUGUGAGUGUCUCCAGCAGGCGGACGAGGCAGCAGGGGAAAUGUGGCGGAGGAGGAGGCUGUCGCUUCUCAGGCAGGAGCAGGAGACUAAUCCUUCAUCCCCCUGCUCCGGCUGCCCUCAGGGAAGUGGUGAAAACUGGGAUGAGAGAUCCUGUAAAAGAGCAGCAGCAACUUUUGGACGUGCAGAUGAAGUGUGUGAGCGACUCUGAGCUGUGUGUCUGUGAGCUGGACAUGCUGCCCCCCCACAGUGACAGGGAAAUGACCAACGAUUCAACAAUGCACAGCCAAACCAUGGAUAUAGAGCUGCACUGCCAACAUGAUGAUUCAGGCUUGCAUGCUACAAGAUCCUGCACACCUCACACACCUGGAUCUCUGACCCCAGUGGAAAGGAGCUCAACCCAGAUGCUGUGUAGCUCCUCUGAGAGAUCCUCCUGCCCCUGUAACGUCAGAUCACCUUAUAAGAGAAAGCUGGGUUUCUCUCGAGCAGAAGAUGUGGAGCUGGAGCAGAGAAAGAGGCAGUGUGUUGUCAACAUGGAGGAAGAACAAGAAGGAAAAGACUCUGAAACAUGUUAGAGCCAUCUUAUCAUGACUGUAGUCCUCGGCAAUGCCUUAACCCUUUGAUGCAUGCAACAUAUUGACCCCCCUUCUAAUGCACAACAUGGGUCAAAAAUGACCCGCAUCCAUUCCCCAUGUUAUUUAAUGCUGCUGUGUGUUUAUGUGCUCUAUCUUUUG